UGCAGAAUUUAUAGGGUUUCGUUCCUUUUACUUCGGAUUUCAGCAACUUUCUCGACCCGAUUCGUAGUUCUGAUAGAAAUUUCUUGACUUGUCUACUAAGAUGAGAGUUGCAAAGAUGAAAGAUAGAGAAAACGAUGGGAAUCUUGACAACAGAAUCUUCGUGGGAGGGUUGUCUUGGGAUGUCACAGAGAGGCAGCUUGAGGAUACUUUCGAACGCUACGGAAAAAUCAUCGAGUGUCAGAUCAUGGUGGGGAAAGAUACUGGCCGUCCACGUGGUUUUGGUUUUAUUACAUUCACUGAUCGCCGAGGAGCUGAUAAUGCAAUUAAGCACAUGCACGGGAGGGAGUUGGGUGAUAGGGUCAUCUCGGUGAACAAGGCUGAGCCCAAGGUUGGAGGAGACGAUGUAGACCAUUUCCAUAAGGGUGGAGGCUACUCAUCCAGAGGGAAAGGAAGCCAUGGAGGAGCUGAAGAUGAGUGCUUUAAGUGUGGACGCCCUGGUCAUUGGGCUCGAGAAUGCCCAUCAGCAGGUGGUGAUCGAGGACGGUUCAGAGAUCCGCCUACAAUACACUCUAGACUUGGAGAACUUGGUGGACACCGAGAUCGUUAUGGAGAUCGUGAGCUGGAGCGUGAACGUGAUCGCUACAUGGAUGUACGUCGUGAUGGAGGACGGUAUAGCUAUAGGGACCGCUUUGAAGGUGGAGACAAGUAUGAAACUCGUGAUCUCUAUCCAAUGGAGAGAUAUGGUCCACCUGGAGACCGGUUGGUGAGUGAUAGGUAUGGGAUCCCUGAACACCUUCAUCUUGAGGAUGAUUAUGGCAGGAGAGAGAGAGGAUAUGACAGGGACAGAUACGCAAGGGGUGCAAGUGAUAGGUAUGGAGGAGCUAUGGGACCGUUACGUGACGAGGGAAGAGGCUAUAGAAGCAGACCAGGUCCUUAUGAUCGUCCUAGCCGAGCUGGAGGCCGACCUUCUUCAUAUGAACGUUGGUAGUUUGUUUGGUUUAUGGGAUAUCCUCCAUGCUUCUGUUCUUGGGUUUAGGGCUAUAUCAGAAUUGUUAUCAACCAGAUGGCUAUAACUCCAUUUAUACUUUCGAAUAUUGUGAUUCUUCAUCAUACUAAAUAGUUAUGUUU